AUGGAGCCUGCAGCUCAUGCUUUGCUGCUCCCCCUUCUCCUCCUUCUUCUGGCCUCCCUCAGCCCCAUCAUUGCCCAAGAGAAUGGCAUUGAUCUCUACAGUCUCACUGUAGACUCCAAAGUCACAUUGCACUUUGCCCAUACUACCAUCACCAGCCAUGUGGUCAAUAAGGCAAAAGAAGCUCAAGAGGCCAUCUUCCAGGUGGAGCUGCCCAAGAAGGCUUUCAUCACUAACUUCUCCAUGAUCAUUGAUGGGGUAACAUACCCAGGAGAGAUCAAGGAGAAGGCAGCUGCCCAGGAGAGGUACAGCACGGCUGUGGGCAGGGGGCAGAGUGCUGGGAUCAUCAGGGUCACAGGGAGGAAUCUGGAGCAGUUCCAGGUGUCUGUCAAUGUGGCCCCAAGUGCCAACGUCACAUUUGAGCUGGUCUACGAGGAGCUGUUGAAGAGGCAGCUGGGGAAAUAUGAGCUGAUUCUGAAGGUCCGGCCCCAACAGCUGGUCAAACACCUGCAGAUAGAUAUCCACAUCUUUGAGCCUCAGGGAAUCGCCUCUCUGGAGACUGAGAGCACGUUUAUGACCAAGAACCUGGCAGACGCCCUCACCACAACAAAGAACAAGACCAAGGCUCACAUAGUGUUCAAGCCAUCUCUGGUCCAGCAGCAGAAAGAGCCGGGGAAGCCGGACACGAUUCUGGAUGGUAACUUCAUUGUGCGUUAUGAUGUGGACCGAACCAGUGCUGCAGGGGACAUCCAGAUUGAGAAUGGAUACUUCGUGCAUCACUUUGCCCCAGCAGAGCUGUCUCCACUGCCCAAGAAUGUGGUCUUUGUCAUCGACAAGAGUGGGUCCAUGGCCGGUAGGAAGAUUAAACAGACUCGUGAAGCCCUGAUAAAGAUCCUGAGUGAUCUCAAUCCAGGGGACCAGUUUAACUUGGUCAUCUUCAGUGGGGAAGUGACCCUGUGGAAACCAGCCCUGCUUCAGGCCUCAACUCAGCAUGUGGAGGAAGCUAAGCAAUUUGCCAGCAGUAUAAAUGCACAUGGAUCAACCAAUAUCAAUGAGGCUGCCCUUGUGGCUGUGAGGAUGUUGGAUGAGAGCAACAGGAAAGAACAGUUACCAGCAGGGAGUGUGUCCAUGGUCAUCCUGCUCACAGAUGGAGAUCCUACUACAGGGGAGAAAAAUCCACAGAAGAUUCAGAAGAAUGUGAAAGCAGCUAUUGGGGGCCGCUACUACCUUUAUUGCCUGGGCUUUGGCUUUGAUGUUAACUAUGCUUUCCUGGAGAAGCUGGCUCUGGGAAAUGGUGGGGUGGCCCGUCGCAUCUAUGAGGACUCGGAUGCUGACCUGCAGCUCCAGGACUUUUACCAGGAGGUGGCCAACCCAUUGCUGACCAUGGUGAAGUUCCAGUACCCACAAAAUGCUGUGGAGUUGCUCACCCAGGACAACUUCAGGGUUUUCUUCCAGGGCUCUGAGCUAGUGGUGGCCGGGAAGCUUCAGCCCCAAGCCCCAGACUUGCUCUCAGUCCAAGUCAAGAGCCAGUUGCGCACCCAGAACUUCACCUUCCAAACAGAAGUAAAUGUUGCAGACAAGGAGAAAGUCUUCCAAAGCCCAAAGUACAUUUUCCAUAACUUCAUGGAGCGCCUGUGGGCAUAUUUGACCAUCCAGCAGCUACUGGAGAAAGCUAUUUCAGCCUCAGGUGAUAAGCAGAACAAUCUGGAAGCUCGAGCUUUGAACCUGUCUCUCAAAUUCAACUUUGUCACUCCACUCACAUCUAUGGUGGUCACCAAACCAGAGGAUCAGGAUAAAGCCCAGGUGGUUUCAAAGCCAGUGGAAGCAGAUAAUCUGUUGCCUUCAUUUCCAUUAUUUCCCCUAAGUGCACGGAUAUCUCAAGAUUCAAAGAUCACCAGGAACAAGUUAUCCUUGAGGUUAAGGCCAGCAUCUCACUUUAAAACUCUUAAAAGUUUUUAUAAAACCGAUCUGGAUAAAUCACAUCCUUCAGUUCUCUCCUCUCCUGGUCCAAUGGAAAGGCAGCCUCAUUUCAUCUUGUCACUGCCUAGAAAAAGUAAUAACCGUAUUCCAGAGGCUCUGUGUGUGACUAUCAGGGAGUCAUCUCAGGCUCCUCUUCAGAUCCUCGCUGAUCCCAUUCAAGGCAUUAAAGUGACUGGCAAAUAUGAGGGGAACACAGAUAAGUUUGUCUGGCUCCAGGUGAGCUAUAAGAUUCCUGAGGUGAAGGUGCGUGUGACGCAGGACAGCAUCGUGGUGACUCGCAGCAGUGGUGGGAAAAGCUCCUCUUAUCAAUGGACAGGGACACUGUACUUGGUCAUGCCUGGGCUGAAGUUGACCUUGGAAAAUGGCCUCCUGCUGCUCAGUGACUCAGACAAAGUCACCAUUGGCCUGGUAUCCUUGAACCCUCCUGCACUUGGACUGCAGCUUAUUCUGAGAAAUCCAGAUUACUUCUCCAGUCAAGCCAGUGGAGUUGUGGGUCAAUUUUACCAGGACUUGCAGUGGAAUCCAAGUACAGCUGAAGACAAAUGGGAGUUGAGUAUGAGAGGAAAGAAGUAUACAGUAACCAGAAAGUCCGUGACAGAUUUUCAAGGAAGAAGCAAAGGUACUACCCCACUGCCAACAUUCCCAUGCUGGUCUUUGGAGCUGCCCUUAUAAGGUGAAGAUUAAUGACCAGCUUGCUUUCCUCUUCUGUGCCCCAUGUCUGGUGCAUCCCAGACCAGUCAGAAGCUGCUCUAGUCUUUUGCUAUUUGUCUGUAUGGGACAAAUGGAGAGGCAUGAAGGGUGGUGACAUGUUAUAAAGCAGAGAUCAUGUUGGUA